AUGACUUUUUUUUAAGAAAGCGGAAAUGGUUGGUCCGCCAUAAUCAUUCGUGUGGGUCUGUGCUUGUGUGGUUUGGUUGUCUUUACCGGUGCCAACCAUUAUUUUUAAUUAGUAGUAAGUUAUGCGUAUGAAUCCAGACAUGGACGAUGAUGAGAAGGGAAAACUGUUCGUCGGUGGUCUGUCAUGGGAGACGUCUCAAGAGAAUUUGCAGCGUUACUUCUCGCGUUACGGCGAUGUGAUCGACUGCGUGGUGAUGAAGAACAGCGAGUCUGGUCGCUCCAGGGGCUUCGGUUUCGUCACCUUCGCUGAGCCGGCGCUCGUCAACGUAGUGCUGCAGAAUGGGCCCCAUCAGCUUGAUGGCAGGACCAUUGACCCGAAACCGUGCAACCCUCGCACGCUGCAGAAGCCGAAGCGCGGUGGCGGAUACCCCAAGGUGUUCCUCGGCGGGCUUCCAUCUAACGUAACCGAGACCGACCUUAGGGUGUUCUUCGGCCGCUACGGAAAGGUCAUGGAAGUUGUCAUCAUGUACGACCAGGAGAAGAAGAAGUCUAGGGGCUUCGGUUUCCUGUCUUUCGAAGAUGAGAUCUCCGUUGAGAGGGUCACUCAGGAGCAUUUCAUCAAUCUCAACGGAAAACAGGUGGAGAUUAAGCGUGCUGAGCCUCGCGACGGUUCCGGCAAGCUGGGCUCGGGCGCCAGCGGCAUGGGCGGCGGUGCCCUCAGCGCUCCCGGCGACGCGCCCCAGGCCGGCCAGUGGGGCCCGCCCGCCGCUGCGCCCAUCAACAUGAUCCAGGGCCACAACGGCCAGAUGGGCGGCCCGCCGAUCAACAUGCCGAUGGCUGGCCCUAACAUCAUGCAAGGGUACCAAGGCUGGGGCACGUCCCCCGGGCAGACGUCGUACGCCGGGUACGGCGCGGCGGGCGCGGGCGCGGGCCCGGGCAACUACCAGGGCUGGGGCGCGCCGCCCGCGCCGCAGGCGCCGCCGCACGCGCCCGCCUGGCCCGCCACCAACAACUACACGCAGCACACGCAGCCGCCCGCGCAGGGCUACGGCAGCUACGCUAACUACAGCUCUGCGCCGGCGGGUGCGUCGGCCGGCGGCAGUUGGACCAACUGGAACAUGCCGCAGAACUCCAACUCUACCGGCUCCGGCUCGUACGUGCCGCUGUCGGAGGGCGGCGAGAUGUACGGGCGCGGCGGCGGCGGCGGCGGCGGCGCGGGCGGGCCGGCGCUGACCGGCGCGCUGUCCUCGGCGGCGCUGUCCAAGUCCUCGUCUGCCGACUACUCCACCUACCAGCAGUACCCGCCCGCCUACCAGCAGGACCAGGGCUCGACGUACGGCGGCGGCGCGUCGCGGUACACCGCCACCGAGUACCACGGGUCCGCGCCCGCCGCGCAGCCGCCAGAGGGCGACGGUGUGGCCAGUAACGCUGGCAGUCCCAAGUAUGUGAACGUCCCACAGAUGUCCGACGCCAUAGGAACACCACCGCAGGUCCCAAUGAUGUAUUGCGGAGGUAUGGUGUCGCCACAGCCGUCCUUUUGCAAUGUGUCCGACAUAUCAGCGUCUGUCUCAGGUGAUGACUAUGAAUACACCGGCGGGUCCGGCGAUGGCUACCAACGGUCGUCGAAGCGCAGCUACCACGGGUCAUCGUCAGGAGGGACUGCCUCGGCGUCCUCCUACCAUCCCUAUCGGCGUUAACGAGUGAGCGGGACUCCGCGCAACUCAUGACGCCCUGGUACCCCGGGCACACUUGUCAAUGUUUGUUAGUCUACGAGGGUUCAUUCUCUUGCAUUCCGGUACGAUAGUAUAUCUUAUAGAUAGGUUAGAAAGUUAUUUUUUUCUCGCAUAGAUUGUUACAAUUUAUUUGUAAGAGCACCUGUCAUAGACCGCCACUAGAUGACGUUAAGAUAGUGCGGACUGAUUUAUUAUUAACUCGCUUUAAACACUUUGGACAUAAUAAUAAUAACUAAGGCACGCACCUUUAUGAUAUAAAGUUAAUAAGUUUAUGUAAUAUACAAAUUAGGCUAACAAACCACCUCGUGCGAGACUCCGUUUAUUAACAAACAUUGUCGUACAUUUUACUUGUAAAAUAUUAUAUCUCUUUUUCUACGAACGCAAUCAUUGAGUUUGUAAAUUAUUUUUAUUGAAAAAAGGUCUAUAAGGAACGCCUUUUACUUGAUCGAUUUAGUUUUUGAUGGAAUUUACUUUUGACUUGAAGCAUUUCUUUGACUUGUAAUAUUGGACAUGCACUUUACUAGACUAGCGUGAAGUAUGUCUUGCGUCAUCGACUUGACGAUAACUAGAUAUUAUAAAAUUAAUAAGAGGCGUCCCUUUUGGUACGUUUUUCGAAUUAUUAAGUUAGUAGAUUAGUUUUUUCUUUUGGAUAUAUUUGUGUAGUGUGGACUGAUUGGACGCAUUGAUCCAGUGAGCUUUUUUAAACUGAAAAUUCUCAGUUGUAAUAUCAUUCUCAGAGUUAGGAGCAUUUUUAUGUAUCAUAGCAAUAGUUCCCAAAUUCUGAUCUUUUAGCAUGUUAUUCCAAUUGUUACACGGUUUGGCUGUAAGCCUUGAUAUGUAUAAGGCAGUAAAAUGUAUGAGUGUGUAUCUGUCCCGCCUUAAGCAUCCGUCGGUAUCGCGUUGCUCAACGUUUUUGUUUAAGACCUUGGGAAUUACAUAGUUAAUUAAUCUUUUAAGAUAAUAGAUUAUAAUCUGUAACCACCACUUAAAAUAGUGACUAUUUAAUCAAUUACGCCAAAAAGUACCUCAAUGUUUUUAAUUUUAAAUGUAAUAUCCUAAGGUGGGACUACUUUUAGGCAUGAUUUUAUGUGUAACUAUACAUACCACCAAAGGUAAUGACAAAAUGAGCUUCAAGUUUAAAUUUCGGUAGAAAUAAAAUUGAAUAACGUAUUUUUCUAAUAUUUACUCGUAGACAUUAAAUAGGAUAGCCAACCAUGUGAAAUGGUUAUAAAUUGUCUGUGACUUCAAAGAAAUCAUGUUCGUAAAUAGGUAUUGUUGUUAAUAUAGGCAUUUAUGACGAAAUUCGAAAAUUUCUCUCGAGUACGUGUCAAAUGUAAUAGGAUAUUUGGUUGAUUGUUUUUGAUGAAAGAUAUUAUUUUCUUGAUAAUGUUGGAACUUGCACCCACGCCGUCAGGCUUCUGAAAAACAGUUGCAUUUGUUAAACUGUUCUCUCCUGAAACGUGUGUUUUUGUUUAACCUUAAUAAAAAUACUAAUUACUUUAA